UGGGGGCAGGAACGCCCAGCAGCAACAUUGACACUUCCUUGUUGCAUUUUCAGAAGCUGGGUCUGUUUCCCCGGGCAGCGAGAGAAUCCCAGUGCCUGAGUUCUUAAAUCUGUUUGAACCAUGAGUGAGGAGACACUCAGAGCGGAGGGUGAAACCUCAGGCACAGUCACUCAAAACCAGGAGCAGUUGACCGACUGGAAAGCUGCACAGAAGGAAUUUGAAAAAAUAGCUUCCACGAAGAAACUGCGGACUCCCAAGUCUCAGGAUGCUAUCACGAUCGCCGUGUCUUCUCGCUGCCUCUUUAACAUGGUGGAGGAAAGGAAAAUAUAUCAAAAGCAAGGCCUGGAAAGUUACGUGAAAUACCAGCAGGAGCACGAAGAGGAGCCUCUGAAAAGGGGACCCGCAUUCCCAUUGGUGAAGGCACUGGAAACGGUUAACUUACGACUACGUGAACUUUACCCUGAAAGUGAUGAAAUAUUUGAUAUUGUUCUGAUGACAAACAACCAUGCACAAGUAGGAGUGAGACUGAUAAACAGCAUCAAUCACUACGAUCUGUCAAUUGAAAGGUUCUGUAUGACUGGUGGGAAAAGCCCAGUUGGAUAUCUGAAAGCAUACCUCACCAACUUGUAUCUUUCGGCAGAUUCUGAGAAAGUGGUAGAAGCAAUUGAAGCAGGAAUUGCAGCAGCGACUAUGUUUCAGAGCGACAAGGCCCUGCAGCUUUCAGAUCACCAGCUGAGGGUGGCAUUUGAUGGAGAUGCUGUUCUUUUCUCUGACGAAUCGGAAAAGAUUGUCAAGGCUCACGGAUUAGAUACAUUUUUCGAACAUGAGCUGAAGUUUGAAGACAAGCCUCUUGCCCAGGGUCCUCUCAAAGGAUUUUUGGAAGUAUUGGGGAAACUGCAGAAGAAGUUCCAUGCAAAGGACUUGCGAUUGAACUGCCCCAUCAGGACCUACCUGGUCACAGCACGAAGUGCGGCAAGUUCUGGAGGAAGGGCUUUAAAGACUCUUCGCAGCUGGGGCCUGGAGGUUGAUGAAGCACUCUUCCUUGCAGGGGCACCUAAAGGGCCACUCUUGGAAAAAAUACGCCCUCACAUUUUCUUUGAUGACCAGAUGUUCCAUGUUAAAGGAGCACAAGCAAUGGGAACGAUUGCAGCACACGUUCCUUAUGGUAUUGGUCAGAAAUACAACAAAAGCACCCCAAUAACUGAACCUUCAAAGAAAAGUUAAUCUUGAGCAGGAUAAAAUUACUGUGCGCAUGUGUGUGUGUGUGUGUGUGUAAGUUCAGCCAAUUUACACUUGUGCUGCAUCAUUCUACGCUACCUAUAUGUGCAAGGUGAGAAAAAAGUCAAUCCUAGUCAAAAUUUGGCUUUAUUUAGUGGGGUCUAUUCAACAAAGCACUUAUACACAUUUUGACCUCUUUUUCACAUUUUCUAGUAUUGCAACUCAAUUUUUUAUGCUGUCUAACUUAAGUGCAGGAGAGCUGCAUGAAAUAGUCAACUUAAUGUUUUCAUAUCGUAUUUAAUUUGAGCACAGAAGCCUUGAAGCAGUUUUGUUCACAUAAAAAUGCACAUUUUGCAUGACUUUCCCUUUGAAACCGGAACCAUUUUAAAUUAUUUGAGAUAGCUUUUCUUUAAAAAAAACCAAGUAAAGUUUACAGAAUGAUCAGGUUAUCACUCACGUUUUCCUAUUCUGGCAGCAUUUACAGAGAGAAAUCAGAGGUAACAUUUCAAGUUGAGUGACCCUUCCUCUGAGGAAGGGACACUGGACCCGAAAAGUUAACUCUCAUUUUUUUCUGAAGGUGUUGCCAAAUCUCCUGAGCUUUCCCAGCAAUUUCUGUGUUUGUUUCUGAUUUGCGGUACCUGUAGUGCUGUCGGUUUUUACCAAAGUUUUCCUGUCUUGUGAUGAAUUGUGCUGAGUACUUGACCUUGAUUUUUUUUAUAAGUGUAAUUGAUGAUCAGUGUUUUCCCAAAGUGCUGGGCAAACCGGUUCUGCAACGUGUGUUUAGAUCUCUCAUUCUUGGCGUGAAGGGCUUAUGCUCGAAACGUUGAAUUCUCUAUUCCUGAGAUGCUGCCUGGCCUGCUGUGCUUUGACCAGCAAUACAUUUGCAGCAGUAAAGGGCUAAAUGCCUGCUUUUAGUGUGGGUAAGGAAUGAAUCUUUCUUGAUAGUAGCAAUGUGGUGAAUGGUGCACUUCUGGUUGGCAGUCUGCUCAUGUUACCUACUGUUGAAUCUCGUCUUCUCCCCACAUUGAGGCCUUCAGUGACCGUGCAGCACUUGAGAAACAACUAUCAUGUGACUCAAUCCCUCAAUGUCCCAAAUUCCUUCCUGCUUAAUCGUUUUCUUCCUAAAUGCUCCAUUUGCCCUAUUUUCAUAGAGAAGAAAUUGUUUCUAUCUCGCUAAAUAGUUCUUUGCGUUUAUCAGAUUCUGUUGGUCAAAUGGAAGAAGCUUCGGUUUCUCCAAUUCCUUCUCACAAUGAAUAACUCUGUUCCUUGAAACCAUUACUCAGCACUACUGGUCUUAAACAAGUUUUGACACUACAUUGCAGUUGAUGUUAAGUUGGAGGGAAGGGUUUUAUGCAGCAUAUGUGCUGGGAACACAAGAAAACAAUGGGUAUAAGUAUGAUUGAGGCCAAUGAUAUACAUUAUAUGUGAAUUUGUUUUGAGGUCCCACAUAACACCAUAUAUUUUCAUUAUUUUCUCUUCAACAAGCGGCAACGAUCCUAGAAUUCUGAAAGACUGGGAUUCAUGCCUGUACCAAUGUUCCCCUGUCCAAUGCUGUGAUCAUUACAGUGUUGCUCUUUCCUCUUGUUGUACAUCAGAUCUGCCAUCCAUUUUAUUACCUGCAGCUGCUUGUAUGUUUACAUUCAUGGUUAUCUCACAACAUACGGUUUUAAAUAUUGCAAUAUGUCGGCAGAAGUCAAGCGCCCAUGGUGCAGGACGCCAUUACACAUCAAGUAGCUCGGGGAGCUUGAAAAGAUUGUCCAGAAAUUAAACAGUGAAUCUUGGAAAAUAAUCCCUGAUUUCCUGAUUUUUAUUUUGGAUUGUAAAAUGAAAAGUGCAAUUGAUUCUAAAAGUGAUAAAAUUUGGAAGUGAAUGUUUUGAAUGAAUGCUAGAUGAUGGAUUUGUUGAAAUAUGUGUUUUUUAAUCUUUUGCAUUUGGAAUGCCUGAGAUUGUUCAGUGAAUCAAAUGUGUUGGACAUUCCUCUGUGUUUUUGUACCAAUGAAAAUCACUAUCCUUUCAUGAACUGCUAUACUAAGGGAAGCAAUGGCCACAUGAAAUUCUCACUAGGCAAUUAAUCCCGAGACCCAGCUAAUGAUCAAGGGUCCCAGGUUUGAAACAUGCCAUGGGAGAUGUUGGAAUUUGAAUUCAAUAAAAAUCUGUAAUUAAGGGUCUAACGAUGAUCAUGACAUUCUCAAUUGUUGGAGGAAAGCUCAUCUGGUUCAGCAAUGUGCUCUAGGAAGAAAAGUUCCCAACAAACAGAACUUUUCCUAAAUAAGCAAUCACACUUAACAAGCCACAAAGAUGGCUACUCCGGGAAAUGUAGAUAUCAAAUGGAAGCAGUGCACCCUCCAUUGUCCUGAUUAGAGAGAGAAUCCCUUGGAACAAAGUAAAUUGUCACUUAUAUCUAACGACAAUUGCCGGUUGAUCAGUAUGACUCAUUCGCCUGGGAGUUAUAGGUUAAAAUCCUAAGAUUAGCCAUUCCCUCCCUCCUCCCUCCCCCUCAACAUAGUUUGAGCCCCCUGCAGUCAUUGCGGUAUAAGAUGGCAGCACACUAACUUGCCCAGGGCUAUUAGGGAUGGGCAAUAAGUGCUGGUUUAGCAUGCAACAGUGACAUCCUAUGAAUGAACAAACAGAAAAUAGAUAAGGAGUUAAUGUCAAAUUUGAAUACCUCAAUUUCUUUUGGAAUUAGAAGUGAUAAAUGAAUUGUAUAAAAAUGUGUCCUUCAUAGGAUUAGCAUCUGUAAUUGUACAAGAGGGAGAUUUCCAUUCUGUUCUCCUAGCAACCAAGAUUUGGAAAAUAUCUAAUGAUGCGACCUUUAACUCAAGCAUGAAAGAAAUAGAGUCAUUAAUGAUCAACAUCGUUUGUAGUUUUUGUUUGGAUUAUUUCAGUAUUUUGUUGUAAAAAUCACAUCUUUCUGCCUUUCGAAAAAAAAUUUGCUGCACAACAUUUAACUCCAUGCUUGGUUACAAUAGUCUCCAAAAUGAUAAUGACUUAAGUUUAUCUUUUAGCAUUAUAGGUUCUUUAUUUGUUUUGUUACCAGAAAUUGUUUUUGGGCAUUUUUAUUGAAAAGCGU